AGCAAGAGCAAGUUUAGCUUAUAUUUCAAGUACAAGACACUGGAGAAGGCCACCAACUUCUUUGAUGACUUGAGGAAGUUGGGCCAAGGGGGUGGCGGUUCCGUGUACAAGGGGCUUUUACCCGACGGGAAGGUCGUCGCGGUUAAGCGGUUGGUAUUCAACACAUGCCAAUGGGCGGAUGACUUCUUCAAUGAGGUGAACCUGAUCAGUGGGAUCCGACACAAGAACCUCAUGAGGCUUUUGGGAUGCAGCAUUGAAGGCCCAGAGAGCCUCCUCAUCUAUGAAUAUCUUCCUAAAAGAAGUCUUGAUCUAAUUCUUUUUGUCAACGAUGCGACCCCUGUCCUAACUUGGGAGGAGAGGCUACACAUCAUCAUAGGAAUAGUUGAGGGCCUCGCAUAUCUUCAUGGAGGUUGUGGAGUGAAAAUCAUCCAUCGGGACAUAAAAACCAGCAACAUCCUCCUCGAUGAAAAUCUCACAACGAAAAUCUCAGAUUUCGGGCUUGCCCGAUGCAUUGCUCUGGAUAUGUCUCAUCUUAGCACAGGAAUUGCUGGCACACUCGGUUACAUGGCACCUAAAUAUUUAAUGAGGGGACAGCUAACGGAGAAAGCCGAUGUUUAUGCUUUUGGGGUGCUGGUUCUUGAAAUCUUGAGUGGUAGGAAGAAUAGUGUAUACAUACGGGGGUUGAGCUCGGUAUUACAAUUGGUAAGGUUGCUUGUCCCUAUGAUCAUGAGAACUUAGACUGACAUUUACUUUCUUGGCCACACUCCGCUAGGAUUAUCUAAUUUUUCUUUUGAUUUUCCCAACAAACUCUAUUGUUGGUUUCUACGUUAGUGCUAGUAGAUUUAUCUUCUGAUAUAAGGGAGCCUUGGAAAUUCAUGAUUGCUUUCCAGGUAUGGAAGCAUUACAAGUCAAAUAAUUUAGCCGUGUGCAUUGAUCCGGCCUUACAAGGUAAAUUCCCCAUCCUGGAGGCGUUGAAUGUGCUCCAAAUCAGCCUUUUGUGCACUCAAGCCUACAUGGAAUUGCGACCGCCCAUGUCUGGAGUCGUCAAGAUGCUCCACGACAAAAACUAUGUAGUCCCCCAACCGAGCCAACCCCCGUUCGUCAACGCUAGCAUGCUGUUCGACAAAUCCAGCAGCAGAAGCUCUACAUGAACACAUGGCUAUUGAACCAGCUCAUGGCAUUCGAGGUCUCUUCUAGCUUGACAAGAAGCCCUAUUCCAGCUUUGCUGCGUUGACCCUUUAGGAUUGGGACCUUUGUUGUUCUUCUUCAAUGAAUACAAACACUUUGUAAACAACUAGGACUGCAGAUUUUAGUGACAUUAGGGCAUGAGUCGAAUUAUCCUUACUUGGCUAGCAACAUGUUCAGAUGACGAUGAGUCCAAUCUUAAAUUUAUAAAUCACGAUAUCCCAUGAAUAUAUGAAUCUAAGUGAGAUGCGAUUGCUCUGUUC